ACUUUGCCUUUCAUAUAAAGAGUUGCGACAGGCAUUGUUCCUAGAGGGGAAGGAAAACGGCUGUGAAGAAAAGCCUCCAACUUUGAAACAGCACCAACAGGAUGCACCUCUUCUUCCUGCUCUGUGUCGCGCUGACGGGCUCGGCCGCCUGGGCUCGCUCUCAUCUCUCCCCCUUCUCCUCAGAGUUGGUCAACCUUAUUAACAAAGCCAACACCACCUGGACGGCCGGACACAACUUCCAUAAUGUUGACGUCAGCUACGUGAAAGGGCUUUGUGGGACCAUCCUGAAUGGACCCAGACUGCCAGAGGUGGCUCAUGAUAUUGAAGGCAUAAACCUUCCAGACAGCUUUGACCCACGCCAGCAGUGGCCCAACUGCCCCACCCUCCAGCAGAUCCGAGACCAGGGCUCCUGUGGAUCUUGCUGGGCUUUCGGGGCAGUGGAAGCAAUCUCUGACCGGCUGUGUAUCCAAAGUGGUGGUCAGGUCUCUGUAGAGGUCUCUGCUGAGGAUCUACUCACCUGCUGUGAUGACUGUGGAAUGGGCUGUUUCGGUGGGUAUCCCUCAGCUGCUUGGGAGUUCUGGACGAAAAAGGGUCUGGUGACAGGAGGCCUGUAUGGCUCCAAAGUCGGUUGCAGACCCUACACUAUUGCCCCCUGUGAACAUCACGUGAAUGGAACUCGUCCACCAUGCCAGGGCGAAACAGAGACCCCUAAAUGCGUGCAGCAAUGCACUGAUGGAUAUUCUCUGUUGUACCCGAAGGACAAACACUAUGGCCGGAGCUCAUACAGCGUCCCGUCGCAGCAGGAGCAGAUCAUGACAGAGCUGUAUAAGAACGGGCCUGUCGAGGCAGCUUUUAGUGUCUAUGAGGAUUUUCUGCUAUAUAAAUCUGGCGUGUAUCAGCAUGUGACUGGAGAAAUGCUGGGAGGUCAUGCCAUAAAGCUCCUAGGCUGGGGGGAGGAGAAUGGCACCCCCUACUGGCUGGCUGCAAACUCCUGGAACAAUGACUGGGGAGACAAAGGGUUCUUCAAAAUCAGACGAGGAAAUGAUGAAUGCGGGAUUGAGUCGGAGGUGGUCGCAGGAACCCCCCUCAACUAGAUGAUUGAAAAAUGUUUUAGCUUCAUUGUCAGAUCAAAUACCAGAAACCACAUGCUGUGUAAACCUUUGUCCAGAAUAUCAUUCUGAAGGGAUUUUAUUACAAAGGCAUAAUGCCAUCCCAUUCAUAGAUAAUAAUUUCAUAGUAGAACCUUUUGCAGCAUUUCCUGAUGAAUGAGAAUCAGAAUUUUUUUUUUUUUUGGAAAGUGUUUCCACUCAGCUUAUGUUCGAAGCCAUUUAAGUCAUAGUGAAAUGUGAGCUAGAGCCUAAAUUGCUUCAGUUGUUUUCACACAUUAUUGUAUCAAAUUAAAUCAGACGAUGACCCUUACAUCUAUACAGAUCAAUAAGCUCCCUUUUAUUCUUUUGGCACUCAGUAAAUCUAAAAUGAAAUUAAA